AUGUCCGGUGAGAGGAACCGCAGGUCGCUGGCGUUCCGAGGCGGAGGGCUAGCCGUGCUAGCGGGCUCCGGCGGAGGUUCCGCCAGCGCGGGGAACUGUAACAGCUGGGAGGCCCCGGCGAGCCAGGACCGACAUUUUAACGGCAACCGGCCGGACCAAGACGACGACGGGGACCCCGGGGCGACGGGACCAACGCGGAAGCGACUGGAAGGCGCCGGCUCGGUCAGCGACAGCACGGAGCCCGAGGCGGAGGAGGAAGAGGACGCGGAGGGGGUGGCCGACAACACGGGCCAAGGAGGCGACUCGGCGGCCAACGGCUACAAGGAAGCGGCCGGCGAAGACGGCGCAGAGUCGGGGAGCGGCGAGGCGGGACCCAGGAAAUGCGGCGUGGAGAUGAGACCGCAGACGCUCCUCCAGAAGCACUCGCUCUUCCACGCGUCCUGGCUCCACGAGUUCCCCUGGCUGCGCUUCUGUCAGCAGACGGGGCUCAUGUCGUGCUCGUGGUGCCGCGACGUCGCCACCCGCUGCGGCGACGAGCUCGCCAAGGGCAGCCGGAGCUACAAGCGGGCCCUGCUCCUCCGACAUCACCUGUCGUCCGAGCACGGCAGGAAUGACCCGAGCAAACAGGAGUCGGGGAGGCCUCUGGACAACGCCAGCCCGUCCACCAACUCGUCGGAGGAGGACUAUCGCAACAAGGCCAACGAGAACUCGUACUGCUACCAGCUGCUGCGGGAGUUGGACAAGCAGCGCAAAAGCGGCAUCCUGUGCGACGUCAACAUUGUGGUGUCGGGCCAGGUCUUCCGCGCCCACAAGAACAUCCUGGUGGCGGGCAGCCGCUACUUCAAGACCCUCUACUGCCUGACGCAGAGCGAAGCGGCCGAGCGGGCCACCGUCACGCACCUCGACGUGGCCGCCGUGCAGGGUUUCUCAGUCAUCCUGGACUUUCUCUACUCGGGCAACCUGCUGCUCACCAGCCACAACGCCAUCGAGGUCAUGUCGGUGGCCAGCUACCUGCAGAUGACGGAGGUGGUGCAGUCCUGCCGGGCCUUCAUCAAGGACGCGCUUAACAUCAGCAUAAAGCAGGAGGCGCCCGACUCGGUGUUGCUGGACUACAACAAGCGACCGACACUAGCCAAGGAUGUCCAGCGGGGGCGUCGCGAGCGCAAGCCCGGCAACUUCUGGGCCACCAGCAUCCUCUCCAAGCUCUCCAUCCAGGCUGGCGGUAACCGAGUCCAGGAGGCCGACGGCGAACUCCCCGCCGCUCCAAUCGAUGACGCCGGGGUGAAGGAAGAGUCCAGCGAUGUGGAGGUGACGCUGGUCGGGGCCGGUCCCCCUGGCGCGCCCCCGGCGAGCUGGAGCCACCACGACAACUCCUCCGACUCGGCCGACAACAACGAGGCCCGCGCGCAGGUGUUUGUCUGGAACGAAGCGGGCGGCGCCGCCAUCAAGCGCGAGGCCCCUGACGAUGCGGCCGCCGCCGGCAGCGGCCGUAGGAAAAAGACAGCCACCGCGCGAAGGUUCGUCUACAACUUCCCGCCCGAGCCCGAGGAGGGCUUCGACGAGGGCAUGUUCGUCCAGCCGUCCGCCUCCUACCCCAGAGACGACUUCUCUUCGCUCUCGGAAAACGCAGAGCUGGCCAAUCAGAUCCAAUAUAGCAUCAUCCAGCCAGGGGAAUCCUGGGAGAAUGGCGAGUCGCCGCUGCUGGCCAUCAACAAGCUGAAGUGUCCGCACUGCAACUACAUCGCCAAGCACCGGCGCACCCUGAAGAGGCACCUGGUCAUCCACUCGGGCGUACGCUCCUUCAGCUGCGACAUCUGCGGGAAGCUCUUCACCCGACGCGAGCACGUCAAGAGACAUUCCCUGGUCCACAAGAAGGACAAGAAGUACAAGUGCAUGGUGUGCAAGAAAAUCUUCAUGCUGGCGGCCAGCGUGGGCAUCCGGCACGGCUCGCGGCGCUACGGCGUGUGCGUGGACUGCGCCGACUCGCACCAAGCGGGCCAGGACGGCCUGGAGUUCCCGCGCGACGACGACUUUGACGACGAGCCGCCGGAGGCGGACGACGCCGGUGCCGCCUGGGCCCGCGGUGGCGACGCCGGUGCCGCUCCGCCCGACCGCGACAAGGAGUUCUAG